AUGGUUCAGGAGGCCAUCACUCAGGUCGGCUCUGACCUGCGUUCGAGCAAUGAUCAAAAUAGCGCCGAGAAAGGAUAUGUUGAGCAAGUUGACCUUCACAAUAAUGUGUCCGCCAGGAUCAAAAACCCUUUGGCCGACUUGACCAAAAAUCAGGUGCUCCGCAAUGUGGAAGAGUUUGCCGAGGAGUACAAUGUGAUGGACAUCCUACCCGAGUUGAAAAAAGGAGCGCUGGUUGCGCGUGAUCCUACCGAGUUCGAGACAGUGGCAGACUUGACCGAGCUGGAGCUCACUGCCCUGCGUGAUGAAGUGCUUCACAAAUGGCGUCAGCCUAGAUCACUCUACUUCACCAUUAUCCUGUGUUCUAUCGGUGCAGCCGUACAAGGAUGGGAUCAGACUGGCUCCAAUGGUGCUAACCUGUCAUUCCCCGAUGCUUUUGGUAUUUCAGAAGAUCCCAAAAAGAGCGCUCAGGCCGACCGAAACCUAUGGCUCGUCGGCGUCGUCAAUGCUGCUCCCUACAUUGCUAGUGCUUGCCUUGGAUGCUGGCUCUCGGACCCAUGCAAUCGAACUUUGGGCCGUCGCGGUACAAUCUUCAUCGCCUCUAUCUUUUGUGUCCUUACCCCCAUUGGCUCUGCAGUGACCCAGAACUGGGUACAGUUGUUUGUGGUCCGUCUCCUCCUGGGUAUUGGAAUGGGUCUGAAGGCCUCUACAAUUCCAAUCUUUUGUGCUGAGAAUACUCCUGCUGUGAUCCGCGGUGGUCUGGUCAUGUCCUGGCAGCUCUGGACCGCUUUUGGCAUUUUCCUCGGCUUCAGUGCCAACCUUGCUGUCAAGGAUACAGGUAAAAUAUCCUGGCGUCUACAGCUGGGAUCGGCCUUUAUCCCGGCUGUCCCUCUCCUAUUCGGUGUUUACUUCUGCCCAGAGUCACCUCGCUGGUACAUUCGACGGGGCGAGAUGGGCAAGGCAUACAAGUCUCUAUGUCGUCUCCGUAACACGCCUUUGCAGGCCGCCCGUGACCUUUACUACAUCCAUGCCCAGAUCAAGAUUGAGAUGGACCUAAUCGGUAAGAGUAACUAUGUCACUCGUUUUGUUGAGCUCUUCACUAUUCCUCGCGUCCGACGUGCCACUCUUGCUUCGUUCGUUGUCAUGAUCGCCCAGCAGAUGUGCGGUAUCAACAUCGUUGCCUUUUACUCGUCAACUGUCUUCAAGAACGCCGGCGCAAAUGAUACACAGGCUUUGUUUGCUUCCUGGGGAUUCGGCCUGGUUAACUUUGUGUUCGCCUUCCCUGCUAUCUGGACUAUCGAUACAUAUGGCCGUCGGACUCUAUUGUUGUUCACUUUCCCGCAGAUGGCAUGGACUUUGCUUGGUGCUGCUUUCUGCUUCUGGACUCCCGAGGGUACUGGUCACCUGGCUUCGAUCGCGUUCUUCGUCUUCCUAUUCGCCGCAUUCUACUCGCCUGGUGAAGGACCCGUGCCGUUCACUUAUUCGGCGGAGGUAUUCCCGCUUUCCCAUCGUGAGGUUGGCAUGUCCUGGGCUGUGGCAACCUGCCUAGGUUGGGCUGCCGUGCUUUCGAUCACAUUCCCCAAAAUGUUGAGUGCAAUGACUGCCACAGGAGCAUUCGGCUUCUACGCUGGUCUGAACGUCACUGCAAUGGUCAUGAUUUUCCUCUGGGUUCCCGAAACGAAGCAGCGUACUCUUGAAGAGCUGGAUUAUAUCUUCGCAGUUCCUACUCGGGUCCACAUGAAGUAUCAAGUCACCAAAGCACUACCAUACUGGUUCAGGCGCUACAUUUUCCGCCAGAAUGUUGAGCUGGAGCCUCUUUACCAGUUUGACCGUCCUGCAAGUGGUAACGAGGAUGUUGCCGGGUCGGAGAAACAGAGCAUUGUCUUUGACCAUGUGAAGUCGUAG